AUGAAUACUGAUGAGAUGCAAUUCUAUUGUGGGAAACUGGCAGGUCGAAAGAAAGUUAUUGAGAAAGGAAUGAUGUUGAUAUUGGAAUCGACGCACAGAAGGCAAGUCCAUUUCGAAGUUCGCGAUCAUUUUCCCUCGUCUAUUUUGCUUUGCUGGUAUGGAAGAUGGGGUGAUAAGAAAGUCAACGACCGGAUACCGAGAGUAAAAUUUUGGAUGUUCUCAUGUUCUGCCCAUGAAGCCAGUAUCUGCUCUUUUGCCAAUGCAGCUAGAUAUACAGUAUUUGGAAAUACCGAGGACAGAUCUUACCGCACAUCCCUAAUCAUAGUGACGCAGCAGGAAAUACGUGGUGAUAAACCGGCGGAAUCUUCAUCGGUUUUCCACACAAUCAAAUAA